UUCAUUUUGCGGUUCGUCCUGCGUCAAAGACGCAUAUUUUUCACGGGGGACGCGUUAAUUUGAAAUGUGUGCAGCCGCGGGACGCAAACAAUUUCACUGACAUAAUGUGUACCUUUGUUUACUUCCUUUGACGGUUAAAAAGUAGAACGAAUGUCGUGGAUAAUUUUCACGCGUCAAAACUACCUUAUCACCGUUCGAUUUGUAAAGCAUAUUCUGAUUGGACAGUAGUGAUUCUUUUAACCAAUCGGUGAUGGUUAUUUAUUUUAUGUUUGGGAGUAUUGUUUUUCAAAGUACCCGGAUAUUUCGGCAAGCAAGCUGACGAUGCCGUUGAAAAAACAGCUGAAGUUAGAUCCGAAACAGCAAAAACUUUCCGGUUUUUUGGGUCUGACUUCGAGUGAACCGUCGGGUACUGAAGAAGUGAGCACUUUAACAGAAAAUGAAGCCGCAGCUACGAGCACGUCGGAAAAUCAAGAUAAGAAAAUAAGAAAAUUUGUUUCUAAAUGGCUCACUCUUUAUUCGUGGUUGAAUUAUGACGAAAGUGAAGAUUAUAUGUACUGCACAAUCUGUACUGACAACAAAAAAAUGAACGGUAUGAACAAAGCUGCAAAGAACAGAAACUUUCAAAAUACAACUUUAACAAGACAUGUCCAACUGGAGGAACAUAGAAUGAUUGUGGAAGCUCCUUUGCAACGUCAAAAUCUGAAAAGGUUGAACGAUAAGCAAGAAUCCCAACGGGACAAAGCUCUUAAUGUCCUCCUUAAAUCAUUCCACUGGAUGUGUUCAGAAAACCUCCCAAUAUCAAAAUUCAAAUCCAUGGUAGAUUUUAUGCAUGAUUUGGCAGUUCCUGGCAUAGCCAUUCUUAAACAAAGCCCAUUUGGAUAUGACUCUGAAUACACUGCCAAUGAACUUUUAGACAGCCUUGCAGCCGUAGCAGAAACUGACCUGAUAGACCAACUGAAUCAUUCGCCUUUUGUCACUGUGCUAACAGAUGAGAGCACAGAUUUGUCUAACACUAAAAGACUUGUUUUAUAUGCUCAGUUAAUAUCUGAGGACAUGAAACCGUCAACAGUUUUUAUCAACAAUACGGAAUGCAAAGAUGCAUCUGGUAAAGGUAUAGCUGCUGCACUGCAAUAUGAGCUGUCUCAGAGAGGGGUUCCUUUAGAGAAAGUAAUGUCACUGGGAUCAGAUGGUGCCUCAGUGAUGACCGGAAAAAAGAAUGGUGCAGCUGCCAUUAUGAGGCGCAGUAACCCCCAUAUGGUUAAUAUCCAUUGUAUAGCCCAUCGGCUUGCCCUGUGUAGAUCCCAAGCAGCUGCUGACAUCCCUCUACUCCAUAAACAUCAACAAACACUGACAGAUUUGUUCUACUAUUUCAAGGGCAGCAGUAAACGAGAAAGCAGGCUUCAUGCAAUUCAAGCCAUUUUGGAUGAUCCUUGCCUGACAAUCAAAGAGAUUCACUCAGUAAGAUGGUUGUCCUACUUCAAUGCCUUGGAAACAGUAUUCCGGACUAUGGACAGUAUUUUCACCUACCUUGAAGAGCUCCAUUCCACUGGCAAAGACCCUAAAGCAACUGGUUUAAAGAAAAAGAUGGCCACAGACACAUUUGUUGGUACCACCUACAUGCUCAUGGGUGCUAUGGCUCCAGUGACAAUCCUUUCACAGUUCUUUCAAACUGAGAACAUUGACAUCGCCUUAGUUAAGGUUAAGCUGGACCUUUGUCUGAAUGACCUAGAGAAGGUGAAGGCUAUGGAGUCCCCUUACUGUAGACAGCUACAAGAAGAUCUUCAGAUGAACAAGUUCCGGGGCCAACAUGAAAUUUCUAAAACCAACUUCAACCUGAAGAAUCUUACCUAAACAUUCAUUGAUGCCUUAGUCAGCAACGUCACAUCAAGGGUUUUUUUUCUUUUUCUCAAAAUAACAGUAAACAAAAUGUUACAUUUUUUUUCAAUUAUAUAUGGAAUUUAUUGUUUUCACAAUUUCAUUUCAAUGAGUUCCAACAAGUUAUUGUUCUGACAUUAGUUUUUGCCUUGUCCUGAAGGCAAGAUAAAUUUAUUAUGACUUAUCUAUUAUCAUCAGUGUCUUGAACCUGUUUUUGUUAUUUAAACCCAAUAACUUUACUUAACAAAAUGUUUUGUCUUUAAAUUUCAGGUUUUCUGAUACUGAUCUACUCACUGCAUUUAGAGUUCUGGGAUUGAGGUCCAUCUCCUUCCUUUCAGGAAAGGAUUUGGAUGAGUAUGGGGUGACAGAAAUCCAGACUUUGAGCCAAUUCUAUGGUAAUAGUCAGGUGGUCCAGUUGACAGAUGAGGACAAGGUACAACAUGAGAAGACUUCAGAGCCAGUCAUCAGUAUAGAGUAAACAGUAAAAGAGUGGAAGUUGGUCAAACAUGUAGUCAAGGCUGAAUUGUACCCAAGAGACUGCAUGGCAAAUCUUUGGUAUUUGAUCAAUCUGUAUCAUGGGGCAGACUUCCCAAACUUGUUAAAAUUAGCCCAGCUGGCACUCACAUCAGCUGUUCACACUGCAGGGUGUGAAAGGGGAUUUUCUGUGCAGAACCAACUAUUAACAAAAUCAAGAAACAGACAAACUGUUCUUAAACAGGACAAACUGAUGAGAGUUAGACUCAGUGAUUUGUCAAGGAAUGACUUUGUGGAGAAAGCUUUACCUAUAUUGAAGCAGAAGGACAGACGGCUGUACAGUGUUAAAAUGAAAGUAGCUCAGACUGAGAAAGAGCAGUGACUUUUUCAUGAGUGACAUAUUUGACUCUAGUCAUAAGUUUUCAGAUAUUAUAUGACUGACAUAUUUGACUCUAGUCAUAAGUUAAGUUUGUUCACAGUUAACAAAAGUUACAACCAAAACUGUUCUAAUGUUGUCUUUUCUUCCCUCAUUUUUUUCUUUCUUUUUCUCUGUUUUUUCUCUCCUCAUCCUGUUUAGUUCAGUUCUGGUGCAGAUAUAUAGGAUGUAAAGCCCAUUAAAUCAAUCAAUCAGUCAACCAAUAAACAAUGUACAGGAUGUGAAAAAGCAAACAAUUCAAAUUUGGGACUUACUGUUUCAUAAUAUAUUUAGUCCCUUUUUGACUCAUUACUUUCUGGCCGGGACUCAUUGUUACAAAAUAUGUGAGUCCCAUGG